ACAGUAUUCAAUACCCCUGAUUAUGCUAUAAAUACGAGUGUCAAAAUUGAUGCUUUAUCAGUACGAGGUGUGACCCAAUACAGACUUCAUCGAUUACUUUGUAUAAUAUCAAGAUGCUAAAACUAGCAGUAUUAAUGGUGGCAGUAGCCGCUGCCGUGGCUAAACCCGGUAUGAUGCUUGGUCUAGAUGAAGAAUGGGAUAUUUUCAAAAGACAGCAUGGAAAAUUGUAUGAAGGACAAAUUGAAACCUAUAGACGAGGCGUCUGGGAGAAGAAUGUCGCGUUCAUCCAGUCUCACAACCUACAAGCUGAUCGUGGUGUCCAUUCCUUCAGACUUGGUAUGAACCAUCUAGGGGAUUUGACCCGUGAAGAAAUCAACAAAAUGCUAAAUGGUUACACCAUGAAAACAUCCGAGAACAUCGGUGCAACCUUCAUGGCCCCAUCAAAUGUUGGAGACCUCCCAACUGAAGUUGAUUGGAGAAAAGAAGGUUAUGUUACACCAAUCAAAAACCAGGGACAAUGUGGAUCAUGUUGGUCAUUUUCUGCUACCGGAAGUUUGGAAGGCCAGACAUUCAAGAAAACAGGAAAACUUGUUUCUUUGUCAGAACAAAAUUUAGUUGACUGUUCCGGAAAAGAAGGUAAUCAAGGUUGUGCUGGUGGUUUAAUGGACCAGGCUUUCCAAUAUAUUAAACAGAACAGAGGUAUUGAUACAGAAGCCAGUUACCCAUACACCGCUAAGGAUGGUACUUGUCACUUUAGCCGAGCUAACGUUGGAUCAACUGAUGUUGGUUUCACCGAUAUACCACGUGACAGUGAAUCCUCCCUGCAACAAGCCGUGGCUACAGUUGGCCCUGUCUCAGUAGCCAUUGACGCUAGCAGAUCAACCUUCCAUUUCUAUAAAUCUGGUGUUUAUAACGAUCCUGAAUGCAGCUCCACCAAGCUUGACCACGGUGUAUUAGCUGUUGGAUAUGGUACUUCACAGGGCAGUGAUUACUGGCUCGUCAAGAACAGUUGGGGUACAAUGUGGGGUCUGGAAGGUUAUAUACAGAUGUCCAGAAACCAGGACAACCAAUGUGGUAUUGCUACAGUCGCCAGUUACCCUCUAGUCUAAAUACCAGCAUCACUUAAUCUCAACUGCGUCAUCAUGUACAUCUUUUUGUUGUUUUUUUUGUCCCGAAUUCAAACAUUUGUAAAAUAAAGAUUCAUUUCUCGUAAAAUAUCGUCUUUUUGUAAAAUGUUAUUAAUCAUGAAGCCGCGUUCGAUCCCGAUGUUGACAGAGAAAUUCUUCAAGGUUUUCCGGAGUGGUCCCCCAUGUCAAUGGUGCAGGCCAGAAUCAAUGACAAGGGGCAACGUUUAGUCGUUCGGAUGGGAUGAAACUUGGGCUCCACUGUGCACGUAAAAGAUCCCUUUGCUGUUGGAAUUUGAUACAAUUUCUAUAUGGCGUAUCCCCGUCUUCAUUAGCCCCGUCGGCGCAGAACAGUAGGACGUUAAACCCAAUUUCAUUUCAUUUCGUUAUUAAUCAUAAGACACCAUCAUUCUUAUAUAUAGA